AUGCGCCUUUCUGCUGCUAUUAUUGUGCUCGCCGCCGGUGCCAUCGCUAGAGCUCAACUAUCCAAUAUCCCACAAUGCUCUCUUACCUGUUUCACUUCGACCCUUAGCGGGGACGGCUGCUCUGAGCUUACGGAUUUCGCGUGCCAUUGCCAAAAGCCUGGCCUCGCAGCGGAUAUUGUGCCCUGCAUCAAUAAAGCCUGUGAUGUCACGGACCGACAAGCUGUAUCCAGCCUCGUUGUAUCCUUGUGUUCCGGUGUUGGGCAUCCGGUCUCUAUCUCCGGGGUGGACACAUCGGCUCCCACAACGACUGCCGUGGCAGCUAUCCCAACCACAGCGACGAGCUCCAAUUCUACCACGGUCAGUAGUUACGGGUCAGGCUUCAAGACUUCGUCCACGAUAAGCGCAAUUUCGGCUCAGAGCACCUCCCAGUUCAACGGUGCCUCUAGUAUUGCACCCGGAGCUGUUCAGAUGGUUGGUGGUGCUGUCCUGUUAGCCGGCAUGACCUUCUUUAUCUGA